AUGACUAUCGACACACACAUCGCGAAGGAGAGAGAUCGGUCGUGGUACAGCUGGAUCCCGAGACUACAAGCUACUAGUGGCCCUUCGAGCGUAAAACUCAAACCCCACCUGGACAUCAACAUUUCCAUCAACCAGCAGAACACAACUCCUCUGCAGAUAUGCCGGUUAACGUCACGCAAAGCCAGCUCACGCUCACGAGCACAGCGGAGACGGAGAAGUUCAGAAAUCCGCCUUGGUGGAACAGACGAAGCCGUCUGGAGAGGACUUUAUGUGGAGUGACGGCAGUAUCCCUCGUCAUGUUUCUGGCUAUGGCUGUAGCCUUGGCUGUUGUUGGUUUCCAGUACCAAAGAAACGUGGACGACAGGGUGACGGUUCGACUUCCAUCUAAAGCUGACAGGUUGGUCGAAGAACGACAAGAAUCUAACGAGAAAAGAGAAAUCUGUGAGAAGAGAGGCUGCGUGAUUGCAGCGGCAAAUUUGCUUCAAAACAUCGACGAAUCGAUAAAUCCUUGCGAGGACUUUUAUCAAUUCUCUUGUGGUGGAUGGAUCGAACGGCAAGUGAUUCCAGAUGACAAGUCUGCCUUGUCUGUGUUUUCACUACUUCAAGACGAAUUGGACAAGAAACUUAGAGAAGAUGUUUCCACAAAAAUGGAUGGUAUGAAUGAGACGAAUUGGACAAGAAACUUAGAGGUAAGGAUUGCUAUUCAUCUUGUUAACAGAAGAUGUUUCCACAAAGAUGGAUGGAUGAAUGGAUAG